CCAGAAACACCCCCGCGAUGAAGCUCAUUACCGUGGCCCUGGUGUGCCUGCUGGUGGCGGGGAUGUGGCUGCAGGACGCGGACAGCAAGAGCUUGCUUGUGCAGGCCCCCAGAUGCUGCUUCAAGUUUGUGAAGAGAUUCAUUCACCCAAGCACUGUCCACUGUUACAGACACUCCAGCUCCUCCUGCUCCCACGGCCAAGGGAUCAUAUUCAAGAUGAAAAGAGGCAGAGAGGCGUGCGCUUCUCUCAAGGAGUGGUGGGUUAGCGGUUCUUUAUCUAAGCUGGAAUACUGCAAGUGAAUGUGAACUGAUUCCUCUCGACCCCACAACUCCGGAGCCCACGUGCCUUUUCCCCUCCCGGCAAGCCCAGCCCCCAAGCCUCCGCAGCCAGUUCCGCACCGACUUUGCUGGGUCGUCUGCUGGGGGGGUCUGCGGGGGGGUCUGCUGGGUCCUGAUAAGCUAUGUGGUUACACUGUAUAUAGUUAAAUUAUGUAAUCUUCCAUUCCUGCC